CCUUUCAAUCCAAACCAUUCUAUGACUCUGAUCUGGCCUGGCUUCCAAAGACAAAGACCUUGUACCAAUUUGCUGUUAGCAUGUUACCCUAUCUUCAGAUAAUUUUUACCUGCCUUGCCAAUACCAGCAGGGUAAUCAGGCAUCCAGGGGUCAUGGGUAUAUUCAGUUCUCAUAAUAAUCAAAUUCUUUGGGUUGGAAGGUACGUUUAAAGAUCAUCCAGUCCAGCUUCUAAGAAGAGCAAGAUUAGUCGCUUUAGGAAUUAGGAAAAUUUAGGAAAAUUCCUGAAAGGAUUUUCCUUUUCUUAAAACAAAGAUGAGGACGGUGGGCAGAUGAAUAGGAAUAUGGGAUGAAUAGGAACAUCAUCCUAAAAACAGUGACCACAGCUCAAAGAUAUAAAGAACAUUAUGUAAAAAUAGACAUCACUGCUGUCUAUGUAGCCUAAUUUAUCACUUUACAUCUAGUUCUAUUCAUAUAAUUUUUACAGAAUUUGCAACUGUAGAUAAACUCAGUUUUUGAAAACAGUAAGAGAUUACCCGUAUUUCUGACUUUUUUGAAGGAAAUAAACUUAAAUGAGUGACCAGAAGGUGUAAUCCCUGAUGGACUCCCCUGGCUGGGGCAAAGAACACAGCUCUGAGGGAACAUCUCCUCUACUCAACACCUACAGAGUCAAAAAAACCAAUUGCAGUUUUCACUGUCGCUGGUGCUGCCAGUGGUAUUUUUUACUUAGAGGGAAGUGUGGUGGUUUCUGUCACGUCUUCUGCCUUUCUUUGAGGCACUGGCAGGAUGCUGCAGGCUGCCCACUUGAGCUAGGUCUGUUGUGUCAUAACAGGCAGCACCUGAUGCCAAACGCAUGAGUUUCUGUUGCUACAACAUCAAAGCUGAGACAACCUUUGUAAGUGGUCAAUAAAACUAUGUGAUCCCAGGUCAGGGGUAGAAGUUGGAAUAUUUAUUGAACAUGUGACAUGCAAUAUAAGGAUCUUGGAGGCAGGACAUGUUAAUGAAGAGGAUGGGUUAUACUAACUAAGGGAUGAAUUAUGCUAACUAGAGGAUUACACAAUUCUCUGCUACAGUUACACAAGUGGUUAAUAUUUUCCCGUAGCAAGGACCACAUGGGGGGAAGAGAACAAAGGGCCUUCUACAUCGCCUGACAACAUCAUCACAGUCACUCCAUAUCUUGCUGAAAGAGACAGGACAAUCAAACAUAGUUAAUAUUAAUGGGUCUUGUGAUGAAGCUCCUCAAAGUAAGGAGUUUCUCCCAGCUCCUGCUGUCUACAGCCUGCUACAUAAUUUUAUUAGUUCCUUUUCUGCUGAUAGUCGAGUUUUGGAUUCCAACAAACCUUUCCUCUCAUGAUCUGGAAAUGGGUCAUUCCUCAUGCCUGUUCUGAAUCACUUUUUUCUUUGUUUCUUAUGUUUCUAGAGCCAAGUACUUCCAAGACUGGAGUCAGUGGCAAAAUUGAUGUGUAAUUUAUCCAAGUUAGCCUUGAUUAGAGCGGAAUGGGAAUAUUUACCUAUAUUAAAUGUAUUUUUAUCCAACAAUUAAAUAAAUAGUACGAUGACAAUGAUUUCCAAAUGUUUUCCUUCAAAAAUUGAUACAAUACUAGCUCAAUGUUCAUUUUUUUGAUCUAUACUAAAAUAAUUUUUUAGCUUAUCCAAAAUUGGAGUAAUGAAAAUAACAAGCAAAGGCUAAGAUAUCAGUAAGGAAUGUGUAGGAAGACCUGUCAGAAUAAAUCUUCGUACAUGGGAUCUGUGUCUGAAGAGUCCUGGAUAUAAGUAGCUGCCAGGUUUAAUAUUUAACAUAAUGAGUAAUACUUAAUAUAUUGACUAAUCACAGAGGACUUUGGCCUAUACUAUAAAUUACCAUAGUUGACCUUUUGCAUUUUUUUUCCUGAAAAAUUUCUUAUAGGGAAAAGGUAAGCAACCUUUUAUUUUGAGAAGUAGGGAGAAACCGAGAGACUCAGUAGAUUUCAGGCAUCUUUAAGAAAUGCAGCAGUAAUAUUGAUUCACGAAGAGCAAUCCUGUUUCCAGAAAAAGAUAAUUAACCAGUUAUAAAAAAACCACGAGUUGUUUGUAACAUUUUUCUUCACUAGCUCUCAUUGAACUUCCUUCUGCAGUAUGAAAGUGCCAUGAGUUCACUUCACCUGAAGCGCAGGUGAGCUAGACAACCAUAAAUGUUAAAGAUGCGGUUUGGGAAUGGGGAAGGAUUUUCAGUAAGGUAAGUAGUUUUGGAGUCUACCAUCGAUGGGAUUUGGAAGCUUGCACACUUUAAAACCCCUAUGAGCUUCCAAUAUUUGGACACGUAAGUAACUUUAGAAUCUACCUUGGAGUGACUUACCUGCAACUUCCUCAGAGGCCAGAGGUGCCUAAAGGAGGAAGUUUUCCAAGGCUGCUUUUAAACUCAGUCUUGACUGUACCUAGACUUAGGCUAGUCCUUCUGGGUUGGUGACUCCUUUGUAUGCAUGGAUAGUCUCAUGGCAGUAAAUACGGUGUUAAUGGAGCAACCAGGCUCCUCUCUUGCCUCACAGGCAGUCUGCCUGGCAACUCCUCUGUGGUAGCUUGUUUGGGGAAGGAUCUACCUUUCUGGGCUCACCUGGUCUCUGGUAUUAUUGUGUUUUGCAUCUUCCAUGUCUUUUCAUGCUCCAUCAUUAUAAGGCUUUCCACUGCUGCUUUCUAAACACUGUUUGGGAGCUUCUUCUCACACUCAAUACCUUACUGUGAAUGUAGAUCAGUAUUUCCCACAUACAUAGAAUAAAAUUUCCCUCCAUGGAAAUGAUAAUAUUGCAAUGCAGGCUGGUAAUGGCAGCCUAAAGUGAAUUAUAUCUAUCUACCAAGAAGAAUCUGCACCCACCAAAAUCCUGGCCAUAUGGAAGUAAAGGGCCACAGCUCUUCAUCAGUGUGUCUUCUGUGAGGAUGCCUUUUACUGGGAGAAGGAUACCUUGAUGAACUUCGUACUUUAAUGAAGUUCAUGUGUCAUACAAAUCCCCAAACAACUCAAUGGGACCUGGGGCAUUAAAAGAAACAAAAGCAGAGCACUAUCCUCAAAUAAUUUAUUUACCUACUCUAACCGUAAGUCAAAUUUAGCAAUUUGUCUAAUGCUUUUCAAAUUAUUUUUUUCUGGACCAAAAUGAUUACCAAAGUAGUUAAAUAAUAACAAUAACAAAGUAUAGCAAUACCAACAACAAUAUGUAAUAACAAUAGCAAAGUAUAACAAAACAACAACAAUAAUAUAAUACUAAAACAACAAUAAUAAUAACAACUUAAUACAUUUGCAAAUAGGUUGGGCAUAUUUUAUGGAAUUGAAUUAUGUAAACAAUAGUUUAUUAAAUAAAAUAAACCAAGGAAGCCAGACUAGUUACAUUCUGGGAAUCACCACUACUGAGUCAGGAAAGAAGGAAUAUGCUUUGACUAGUUACCAGCUCCAGCAAGCAACACGACUUCCGCACUACAGUGAAUAAUAUGAGUUUACUUAAACAGUGCAACUCCAGCUGAUUCUAGCAUGUGGAAGGUGGGUGCCACACCAUGGGCCUGAUGGUGCAGUUCAUAGGGCAUUCCUAGGGUGGGAAUAUGUCCCUGCACCUCAAUGACCUGUGAAGAUGUGCCUGUAGAGAAGCCAGAGGUUCUGUUGCUUGCUCACAGUGUGCAAGCCAAGCUGCUUUAGCCUUAUUGUCCCUUUGCUUCCUCCACAGCUCGGAUGUCCCACUCUCAGUUGAAGUAAAGAAGCAUUUUGAAAAUACAAAUUGUCAUCAAUACACUUGAGAACAAGGCAAACAACAGUGUUGUCUAAGACAAGCCAUCUUUCUUCUGCACCAAGAAGCCAGAAGUGAUAGCAGGUGAAAAAGAGAGAAAUGACCAAACUGUCUGAAGUGUUAAAAGAGAGCACGUUGAUGGGCUGUCCAUACUGAACAACUGUGUCUGUGUACCUAGUUAGCCGAAGAGCAAAUAACCAUAAAACGUUUAAAAAUACAGUUAUCUUAUGGUAUGCUGGAUGAUAUCAGGUCAGGAUGGGGAACAGCCUGUCUGCUGUGUGGACUCCCAGGCCUCUCUGGUUGGCAGGGUAUUUCUUUCCCUGAUUGCUGUGGAUGCUGACUGUACUAUCUUUAAGAUGAAAUAGCUGGGACUGUACCUUGCUCCAGGACGAAGAUGCCUACUGCUUCCUUUCUGUGCGACACUAUCCUGUUUAUUAACAUCCGGAGUGUGCAGUGAAAAGCAAAAUUAGCAGACACCCAUGAUGUCUUUACCUUUCUACCAAAGACACCACGAGCACUAUGACCGUGCGUACCGCCAUAAAGCACUGUCAUCCACUGUAAGCCAGUACCAAAAGGAAACAAAGAGUAAAGCUGCUGUCUAUGCUCAAGGAUCCACAGCUUAUGCCAGGGGCUCUGCAGCCUAUCGCCAUGCCUCUGCAGCAGGCUUCAGCCUCGACUCCUCAGCAACAUACAGUCAUGGCUCCUCAGCCUACGACCUGGAGUCGGCAGCCUACAGCUAUGGAUCCACAGCCUAUGAUCACUCUGCUGCACAAAGCAAAAGAUCUGCUGCCUACAGUCUUGACUCCGAAUCCCUCAGCAGGAGCUCAGCUGCCUACAGCCAUGCAUCUGAAUCCAUCAACAAGCUGGCUGCAGCCUACAGGCUGGGAUCUGAAGCCUACAGUUUAGGACUGAAAAACUCCAAUUUAAUGAUUGAAGAUCAAUCCUAUAAGAUGAGUCCCAAAGCAAAGAGAGCAAAACAGAAUUUGAUAUCUGAGGACAAAGAGAAUGAAGCCAUGGACUAUUCAGUGCCCAUAUUCACAGGACGAGAAGUGAAUAUCAGUGGGAUCACAGACACUGAAGAAGAGAGAAUUAAAGAAAGUGCUGCAUAUGUUGCCAAGAGGAACCUUUUUGCCACAGGUGAAGGAGUUAGUGUCAGCAAGGUGGCCAAGUCAACUUCUGAAGAGGAGCAUCAUGAAAAAAAAUCAAGGAAAGUAGUGAUCCGGGAGUCUGCUGAACGUGUGGCCAUGAAAAAAACGCUAGAAGAGACUCAGGCAUUCCAUAAAAAGUUGAAUCAAGAUAAACUCUUACAUGCUCCUGAGUUUAUCAUUGAGCCUCGUUCCCACACUAUCUGGGAAAAGGAAAAUGUCGUAUUUCGUUGUUCUGUGGCUGGCUGGCCGGCACCCCGUGUUACCUGGUACAAAAACAACGUGCCCAUUGAUGUACAGGCUCACCCUGGCAAGUAUAUCAUUGAAAGCCGAUAUGGACUGCACUCACUGGAGAUUACCACAUGUGAAUUUGACGACACUGCCCAGUAUAGGGCCUCUGCUAUGAAUGUUAAAGGAGAAGUUUCAGUUUAUGCUUCCCUCGUGGUAAAGAGGUACAAAGGAGAAGUUGAUGCAAGUCUUUUGCAUGCUGGAAAUCUUUCCAUGUCUCCAUUUGCCAUUACCCCUUAUGGCUAUGCUUCCAGGUUUGAAAUCAGCUUUGUCGACAAGUUUGAUGUAGCCUUUGGGAGAGAAGGAGAGACAAUGAGUCUGGGCUGCACAGUUGUCAUCAAUCCUGAUAUCAAGCGCUUCAAACCAGACAUUGAAUGGUACAGAAAUGGUGUUCUUAUUACACCAUCCAAAUGGGUCCAGAUGCAGUGGAGCGGGGAGCGAGCUUCGUUAACACUGACUCAUGCAAACAAGGAAGAUGAAGGUCUUUACACCCUACGAGUGGCAAUGGGGGAGUACUAUGAAGAGUACAGCGGUUAUGUCUUUGUUCGAGAUGCUGAUGCUGAAAUCCCUGGAGCCCCUGGUGCACCACUGGACGUGCAGUGCUUAGAUGCCAACAAAGAUUAUGUCAUUGUCUCCUGGAAGCAACCUGCUGUCGAUGGAGGAAACCCCAUCCUUGGAUAUUUCAUUGACAGGUGUGAGGUCGGCACCGCCCACUGGACCCAGUGCAAUGAGAAUCCCGUGAAGUUUGCUCGUUUUCCUGUCACUGGUCUGAUUGAAGGCCGUUCCUACAUCUUCCGAGUCCGAGCGGUGAACAAAGCUGGCGUCAGCCUACCGUCCCGGGUGUCAGAGCCUGUGGCUGCUCUGGAUCCUGCAGACAGAGCCAGGCUUAGAAGUCACCCUUCUGCUCCUUGGACUGGUCAGAUUAUUGUGACUGAGGAAGAACCUGCAGAGGGUGUUGUUCCAGGUCCCCCUACAGACCUCCAAGUUAUUGAAGCCACCAAGAACUAUGUUGUGCUUAGUUGGAAACCUCCUGGACAGAGGGGACAUGAGGGUAUCAUGUACUUUGUGGAAAAGUGCGUUGCCGGCACAGAGGACUGGCAAAGGGUGAACACUGAGAUCCCUGUGAAGUCUCCUCGCUUUGCAGUUUUUGAUUUGUCUGAAGGCAAAUCCUACUGCUUCCGAGUUCGCUGUUGCAAUUCGGCUGGAAUUGGUGAACCCUCAGAAGCAACUGAAGCCACUGUAGUGGAUGACAAACUCGAUAUUCCCAAAGCUCCUGGCCGUAUUAUGCCAACUAGGAAUACAGACACCUCAGUUGUUGUCACCUGGACAGAGCCCCCAGACGCCAAGGAGCUAGUUGGGUACUACAUUGAGUCAAGUGUAGAGGGAUCUGGUCGUUGGGAACCAUGUAACAACAAUCCAGUGAAAGGCACAAGAUUCAUUUGCCAUGGGCUCAGCAAUGGUGAGAAGUACAUUUUCAGAGUCAGAGCUGUUAAUGCAGCAGGGCUCAGUGAAUUUUCACAGGAUUCAGAGCCUAUAGAGGUGAAAGCAGCCAUUGGGGGUGGAUUGCUUCAUGGUGUGUGUCCUGAACUGAGUGGUAAAGCUGGUGGACUAACAGACCACACUACCAGCUGGGAAGGCAUGCAUGAGACCUCCCAGCCUAUCUUUGACACAGAUGCUUUGCUAAAACGCAAUGCUAAAUUUAAUAGAGACACACUACUCAGUAGCUGUGACAAACUGGGGAGUACAGGAGAUUGUAACAUGAGAGAAAUGGCUAAGGAUGCACCUGCACCACAAAAAGUUGCUGCUAAGCAGGCAAGUAAGUCUCGACCCGAGGAUCUUUUGACAGUGGAAAAAGUCAGAAAGAAGAAAGAUACAGCUGCUCCAUCUCAACCUUAUGACAUCGUGGUACUUGAGAGUGUUCGUGACUCAAUGGUAUUGGGAUGGAAAGAACCUAAAGUCACUGGUGGAACUGAAAUUACUGGCUACUAUGUGAACUAUUGUGAAGUGGUUGAUGGAGUUCCUGGAAAGUGGAAGGAGGCCAACAUUAAGGCUGUUACUGAGAGAGCAUACAGGAUAGAAAACCUGAAGGAAAACAUGGUGUACCAGUUCCAGGUGGCUGCUGCUAACCUGGCUGGGGUUGGAACACCCUCCCAACCCAGCAAGCCCUUCAAAUGUGAAGAGUGGACCAUUGCUGUACCUGGGCCACCCCAUGAUGUCAAAUGCACAGAAGUUAGGAAGGACUCUCUGGUUUUACUGUGGAAGGAACCGGUUUAUACUGGCCGUAGUCCCAUAGUUGGUUAUUAUGUUGAUAUGAAGGAAACUGAAGCAAAGGAGGAACGCUGGAGAAGUGUCAAUAAGAAGCCACUUCAAAAGAAAUACUUGAAGAUCGAUGGCCUAACACAAGGUGUGAGUUACGUGUUUCGUGUGCGGGCAACAAACCAGGCUGGUGUUGGGAAACCAUCAGAUACCACGGAUGCUGUUUUAGCUGAAACACGACCAGGAACCAAGGAAAUUGUGGUUGAUGUAGAUGACAAUGGAGUAAUUUCCUUGAACUUCGAAUGUGAUCAGAUGUCUCCAGACUCUAAGUUUGUUUGGUCCAAGAAUUAUGAACCAAUUGAGGAUGACUCUCGACUGAACAUCGAUACCAAAGGCGGAAAGUCAAAAGCUUCCUUUAAGGAUCUUGGAGAAGAUGAUUUGGGAAUUUACUCUUGUAUUGUUACAGACACUGAUGGAGUUUCAUCAAGUUACACAAUUGAUGAGGAAGAAAUGAAACGCCUGCUUGCUCUGAGCCACGAACGCCAAUUCCCAACUAUCCCACUUACUUCUGAGUUGGCAGUGGAAAUUUUGGAAAAAGGAGAAGUGAGAUUCUGGUUGCAAGCUGAAAAACUGUCUGGCAAUGCAAAGGCCAACUUUGUAUUUAAUGAUAAGGAGAUUUUCAAUGGAGAGAAAUAUAAAAUGAAGGUGGACCAGACGACCGGCCUUAUUGAAAUGAUUAUGGAUAAACUUGAGGAAAAGGAUGAAGGCACUUACACUUUCCAACUGCAGGAUGGAAAAGCCACCAAUCAAUCUAGCCUUGUCCUCAUUGGUGAUGUAUUCAAGAAGCUACGGGAUGAAGCAGAUUUCCAGAGAAAAGAUUGGCAGAGGAAACAAGGUCCUCAUUUUGUGGAUGGACUGGGAUGGGAAGUUACCGAUGAGUGUAACGUGAUGCUGAAAUGUAAGGUGGCUAAUAUUAAGAAGGAAACACACAUUGUAUGGUACAAAGAUGACAGGGAGAUAAUGGUAGAUGAAGAACAUGACUUUAAGGAUGGAGUGUGUACUCUGCUGAUAUCAGAGUUUUCUAAGAAAGAUGCUGGCACUUAUGAAGUCAUACUGAAGGAUGACAGAGGAAAGGACUCCAGCGAGCUGAAGCUUAAGGACACAGCUUUUGCAGACCUGAUGAAUGAAGUAUGCCGAAGGAUUGCUUUAUCUGCAACAGACCUGAAAAUCCAGAGCACAGCUGAGGGUAUCAGACUCUACUCCUACGUUACUUAUUAUGUGGAAGAUUUGAGAGUAGGCUGGGUGCACAAUGAUACUCAGAUUAAGUUCACAGACCGAGUGAAGACUGGUGUCACUGGGGAGCAGAUCUGGUUGCAGAUCAAUGAGCCAACUCCACAGGACAAGGGCAAAUACAUAAUGGAACUCUUUGAUGGCAACACAGCACACAAAAAGACAAUAGAUCUUUCUGGACAAGCAUUUGAUGAAGCCUUUGCCGAGUUCGAGAGAUUAAAGCAAGCUGCGAUUGCAGAGAAAAAUCGUGCCCGAGUACUUGGAGGUUUGCCCGAUGUUGUCACCAUCCAGGAGGGCAAGGCACUUAAUCUCUCUUGCACUGUCUGGGGAGAUCCCACUCCAGAGGUCUCAUGGCUGAAGAACGAAAAAUCUUUUGUAUCAGAUGCUAAUUGCAUCCUGAGGUUUGAAUCAGGAAAAAAUGUCAGCUUUUCCAUUUCUACUGUGUCUACACACGACUCUGGGAAAUACAGCAUUGUGGUGAAGAACAAGUACGGUACAGAGACCAGUGAUGUCACCGUGAUUGUGAUGCCUGUAUCAGGGCAGACUGACACAGUCCAAGGACACAAUCAAAAUAAUAAAAACGUAUCUAAAAAGAAAAAAACAAUGACAAGCAAACGGAAGGAAGGGGAAAAGAAAGAUUGUAUUAAGCCUCAUGUAGAAGAAAUUGUUGAUACAGAAGAGACACCUGAUCCAAAUGAAAUCCCUCCUGUGAAAACAGAAAAGGAUACAAAAAGCAACAAAGGAGCACCAAAGAAGACUGAUGGAAAAGCAGGAGUAGCAGAAAUGCUUCCUCAGCCCAGAGAAAGCUUGGAUAGGCAGGGAAAGAAACCAGUGGAAAAAGCAGCCUUGGGUAAACCCCACUGAACUUGAAUGAAGAACAUGAUCUUGUCAUGAACUGGAUAGUAAAUUCAAGCUGAGAUUUCACGAGUGGUAUACUAGCCAUAAUAUUUUAACACAAAAGUUUAUUAGUGGUCUUUUUGAUAACAUUUGUAAUAGUUUCUAACUUUAAAUGCAUAGUAGAUGGGCAUUUAUGUCUCAAUACCAGAUAAUUGCACUGCAGGAAUUUCUAAGUAUCUGAAGAAUGAACUAUGUACUGACAAUGUGAAUUUAAUUACUAAAAAUGUCCAUGAUCAGCAAAGUUCAUUAGAGCGAAUUCUGUCCAGAAUUGAUAUAUUUACUACGCUGCAAAAGAAUGUUGGUAUCAUGUAGAUGUGUUAAUCGAUACUUCUAGGUCAUCACAGCUUGAGGCAGACACCACUUACUUUUUCAAGGAAAUGAUACAUGCAGUCCUCAUAAUGCCAUGUGGGCUCUACUUUUCACCAUGACCAGUUUGGCCACAAUGGAAGAGCCCCAGAAACAGAACCAUCUCCUAUGGAUGCAGGGGGGCCAUAAGUAGGUUUUCUUUUGAUCCAAGUUUCUUUCAUGCAAACCUGUUUCAUCAGGUGGAUCAGGAUGACAUCUGGCCAUUUCCUAACUCCAAGACUCACAUGACUGCUUUUCAGUCCACUCCACUUCAUUCCCUCGUGGUCAUGGUGAGUUACUGUGGAUAUGGCACUCACCCUAAAGUAUGGGCUGCCCCAUAUGUUCAUUUCGCUCCACACUUUUUGCUACAGCACUCACAUUUCUUCUAAACCCACUGUCCUUCUUCCCCGCAGUGACUCAGCCCAACUGUACCUCUUGUUCCACUCAGUAGCAUCAGACUCACUGGUUUCUUAUAAGAGAGGGUAGCUUCAUGGUCCAUGUAAGGACCAUGUAAGGAAUAAAUAUAGGCCAAGAAUCUCUGCUGUGCUCAUUCACAUUCAUUACUGUGUUCAUUCACGUGUUUAUGUACUGAGGAUAUAGGAAAAUAUGACUCAUUUGGAGAUGCUUAGAUAUCAUGGAAGAAGCAGAGUUCAAGCUGAAAAACAAACCAAUAAAAAUAAAGGUCAGAAUUUAUUUUGUUAUUAUGCAAGCUGAGUUCAGCUUUAAAGUGACCAGAAAUUAUUAAACAUAAGAGACAAAAAUAAGAUAUUUUAAUUACUAGGAAAAUAUCCUUAUUGAUUUCAACUCUUAGGAGGCUCAAUCAUAUUGUACUGUCUUUUUGUAGAUGGAUUACUGAUGAAAGAUUACUGAAUUCCACUGGCAUUUUUAGGUGUUGGAUCUAUGACAAAUGUGGAAAUAUUGAAAACAUGAGAAAUAUCAGUUUCUAGUCCAUCCUAAUCCAACUGUUAGCAUAAGAAAGCACAGAAUCUGAAUAGCAUGUAAAUGCAUAGAAGUUGAAACACUGAUAUCUCUGAUGGAAAGAAAUCCAUUUCCUUCUAGUAGAAUUCCAAUAGAAUUCUAUUCCACUCUUUUUAAAACCAACAGAAAUAUUUGCGCUGGAUGAAAUACUGGAUAGGACAAUUAUAUGUAGGCAAUUAGAGUAAUAACAUCUCUGUAAACAAUGUAAAGGAUUUAAAUAACUUGGAUGGUUCACAGUGAGUGACAGACGGAUGUAAAACACAACAGAGAAAAAAUCAAUAUACUGACUGCUACACAAAAUGGUAGUGGGAGAAACUUAAAUACAGACAGAACUACAACUAAAAUCAUCCUAUUAAAUUUAGGUACUGUUUGACACACAGAGUUUGAUUCAGUUCCACAUCACAGCUUGUUCUACAUGUCUAUGUAUUAUAGCAUGGCAGUGAAGGACAUAAGCAUAGGUCCCACAGAGAAAUGCAGUAAGAAGGAUUUCCAAGGUAGGAGACUUUCAAAAUGGGAACCCAAAUACAUGUAAUUUCUCAUGCCACUGUUACAGAAAAUAAUAAAUAUCCACAGAUGUGUAAUUUCAUCACCCUGCCAGAGUCUGGCCUUUCAAAAGCAGUACAAAACUGCAGGUUGUAUCACACAAAUCCCCUUCGCCGUGGCAAUUAUUUCAACCUGUCUUACAUCUCUCAAAAUCCAUCACGUCUUACAGCUCCUUCGGGUUGGGAACCUGUUUCCCACAAACACCUACGGCAGUGUCUAAGUUAUAUAUAGAACAGACUGUACCACUGAGAGCCUGAUCCAAUUCCUGCAAAAUGCCACAGGGGUCUUUUCAUUAGUUUUAAUAGAAAUCAAGAUAGAUCUCAGAAGAAUGUUCUAAAAAUAUCCCAAAUCUCAGAUUACAAAGCCCAUUUUGCUCACCAUGAAGCUAAUGGCAUUUUUCUUUUGUGUCAGUGUAGCAGAAUCAGGUCUUAGCUUUUUGCUGAAAAAAAAAAAUCACUGUUUUCCUGAUAUUUCAACUAAAACUUCUGGAAAUACCUUUAAAAAUCUAAAAUAAAAUGUGCUAGAGUUUGGGGUUUUUUUUUUGUUAAAUUUGGAUGGUUCCUCAGAAAGCUGGAAAUGGAGUCACAUCGGUAUUUUUCUACGGGAAUCUAUUUGCUAUCCAGAAGUAUAGUGCUGUUAUGCAUAGUAAUAAGAUAAACAUCAAAGAUUAACCCCCCAUUUUUUCAUUUUGAUUACUUAAGCUGU